UGAGCUCGACGGGCAGGUUGCGCGAGAUGUGGUGCGAUGGGAAAAGGUCAUGCCGCUGGAAAGUGCGCAGCAGGAAUGGACAUGCUCUAACACGUACUUCAAGCAUAUUGUUGACAUUGCCAGAUGGAGCGAUGAGCUAAAAAAGGUGACCAAAAUGCAAAGAUUUGCGGCAGUGUGGAACGAGCAUACGAAUACGGUUUGGGUGCAGCUGACCACAACGGGAUUGGCCUACAUUUCAUCCGCUGUAAAGCCCCUCUCGUCAAACAAAUGUGCGGCUGUUCUCAGAAUGGUAGAGAUUUCUUUGGCUGAUCAUUAUCAAGAGGCGGGGACGAACCCGUGUUUCGACAAAGACGUCUUGUUAAAUCUCGCUCCCAUUUCGACGCCCCGGCAAGCUAUUUCGAUGAAAAACGCGGAAGAACCGGACAGCCUCCAGCCGAUGCGCAUCGGCCUGGUUCCUGUAGAAAUCCUCACCGAAGCGUUUUCCUUCCUCGACAUUUUCACACAGUUGACCUGCCGCCGCGUAUGCCGAUGCUGGAACUCAGUGCUACUAUCUCCAACCGCAUUCUCUACGGUUACAAUCAACGUGAGACGAUGUGACAAUCAGCAGCUAGCCAUGGUGCUUCACAAAAAGGUCACCAACUUCACGAAGACGGUACUUAUUGUGAAUGACGGUCACCCACAGCCAACCGCCACUCGCGCUCCCCUGCAAAUCCUUACCGAAAUGCUGACGGCUAAAAAGGUCAAAGUGCCGGUCAUCAUUGUUUGCCGGCUUGGGAUGUCGGCGCGCAGUCUACUCGAUUACUCCGAUCCGGUGCGACUGCAGUGGCGUUCCGAGUGGAGCCGUGUGUGUGCGAAGCUGGUUCUGAAGCAAGUAUCAGUGCGGGAACUAAUGGAAGCACAAAACCCGGAGGCGGAGCCUGGGAAAUAUACUGUUGGCGCUUCUGGCCACGAAGCGCUAACCCUGGAGAUGGUGACCACGGUUAUUGUGACGACUGGAGUCCAUAUUGGAUUUCUACUGGACAAGCUGGAGGAAGCAUGCCCGAAGGUCCCGCCCAAACUGUACUGGAAGGCAGUGUGGCAUUUGAAGAAGGAACGGGAAACUGGUGACCUCAUACCGUGGCAGGUGGUACGAAAAUGGCAAGCUGGGGAUCGGCGAUUUGAGGAUAACUGUGGACGGCAGAAUUUCGAACUGGAAGUGAGGUCGUUGCGCAGACUGACCAUAUAUGCUCUGCACUACGCCAGUCGUUAGCGUGUCUUCCCUUUGAGAAUGCAUCCAGAAUCUCGUGGACUUUGUACAGCACCAAGGCUUCCUCCGGAAUCAGCAGUUUAGGAUUGUUUAUUUUAUUUUCAUUCGUUUUUAAGUGUUUAUUAAACGCUUAUAAUUGUCAUAUAACAAAGUCAUGACCAAAAUUAUGGAGUUACUUUUGUUUAUGCUUUCGCAUACAACCCCCGUUCACAGCUCCUGGAUGUGGUAUUUGUAUCUGUAUGCUGUAAAGGGAUCUACUAC